CCGAUAUGAAGUUGAUCGCCCUUCCUGAUGUCCAGGAGACGAGUGAUGUGGCGUGCGACACGGGAAGCGACCCGGAAGUGCUGCGCAAGGAGAUGGAGGAGAACAACGUCCCGAUUGACUUGGGGCUAGUGCAUGAGGGGUGGAACAACAAGCAAGGCAAAUACGCACCUACCCACAAAGCCAUCAAAGAGCGGGCGCGGGCAGCUCGCCGCUGGCUGAAGGCUAGACCGGAGAAGGAGAUUGUGAUUGUUACCCACGGAGGUUUCCUGCAUUACUUCACCGAGGAUUGGGAGGACAGCAGCCAGUACCAGGGAACCGGUUGGGUGAACACCGAGUACCGGACGUAUGAGUUCACAAAGGAGGUUCACACAGAUGACCUCGAGGGUUACGAGUUGGACGGAGACAAUGCCACCUUGGUGGAGACCCUUGAAUCGCGCCAACGGCGUGGGAAGUCUGGACCCAUGUCGGACCGCGAGCAGCAGAAGACGCUAUACAAGAUUGGAACGCAGGGCUGGGACGACCAGGGCUUGCAGUUGAGUAUUGCGGAGCGUGAGGCGGCCAAGGUCCCGGAGGGUAAAGAAGUGAACGGCACCCGGGUAUAGAUCCAUUGUGGUGGUUCUUUGUAGAGUAUAGAAUGAGACGCGGGGGACAUAUAAAGGGCGAUAUAGAUCAAAGAUCUCAUACCUCAAGAACACAGCUGAUGCAGCACGGUUCUUUGUUGUGUCCAGCGCUUUAUCCACAGCGAACAAUGGCCGUUAUCUGUAGCUGGACCCGAGAAGGCAAAG